AAACAAUUGCAUCAGCCUCAGCCUCAGCCUCCAGUUCCCCUAUCACAAAAUUAGUUUAGUAAAUUUAAUAUUAGUAGUAUUGGUUGAUUUGCAAUCUGUGGAUGCGCGCCGUUGAGGAAAGGGGAAAUGAAUAUGGUGAAUAAUCCCACUUUCAGUUCCUCUUCCACUUCCUGUUCUAAUCCCUCUAAUUUGAUCGAAACAAACGAUGUCUUUCUUAGUUUUGGAGGCGGAAAUGAUACCAUUACAGGAGAUCUUCAUGCUGGUUUAUGCCGUGAACACAUCAAAUCCUACUUUGAUAAGGAAUCACAUGAAAGAAGUAGUAGUGACGAAAUUGGAUCUCAACUCAUGAGAGUGAUUCAAUCAUCAAAGAUGGCAAUUAUUGUUUUAUCACAAAAUUAUGUAUCUUCCAAAUGGUGUUUGAAUGAACUUGUACAUACACUCCAAUGCAGGGAAAUAAAUAGACAGAUUGUUGUACCAAUUUUUCUCAAAACACCAUCAUCGUCGUCUGAAAGUUAUGACACUGCAUUUUCUCAACUCAAAAACAGAUUCAAAGGUAGGAUGGAUAAUAAGGUGCAGGCAUGGAGUGCAGCUUUAAAAGUGAUCACCAGUCUAUCUGGAUGGGAUUCAUGUGGCAUAAGGCCUGAAUCUAAACUUGUCAAAAUGAUUAUAGAUGAUGUUUUACAAAUGAGAAUUCCGUUGAAUCUGAAUGUUUCAAUCUAUCCGCUUCGACACGAUGUUUUCCAUGAAUAUGUAAGCAUCUUAGGAUCAGAUGAUGUUGUGAUGGUGGGGAUUGUUGGAGAGGCUAAAAUGGGGAAGAUGAUGAUGGCGAAAGCCAUUUAUGAUGGACUUGUUGAGGCUUUUGAUGGUGGUAGCUUUCUUAUAGGUGUUGGAAAGAAAUCAAAAGAGCCAAAUGGUAUGGUUCAGUUACAAGAGAAGCUUCUUUUUGAUAUACUUGGAGAGAAAAUUAGCUUAGCCAGUGAAACACAAGGUGUGACUGCGAUAAGAGAAAGAUUAUGUCAAAAGAAGGUUCUAAUUGUUCUCGAUGAUGUGGAUGACUUAUCCCAAUUGCUUGCUUUAGUUGGAAGAAGAAAAUGGUUUGGUUUGGGAAGCAAAAUCAUCAUAACAUCUACUGAUUUGCCUCUGCUUUGUAUCUUUGAAGUGGAUCAGCUGUUUUUGGCCCAAGGCCUUCCUCUACCAUUUGAUAUACAAGAAAUCUGCGAGCCGUUCCAACAAAGUUGUCCGAAGAUUCCUGGACUAAAAGAGUAUAUAAAGAGGCUCCCUUACUUGACUUAUAAGAAGGUGAAGUAUCUUGAAGAAUGUAGGACCAGAGAGCGUCGAAAUGGAACUAUUCAGUAUGGCCAGGAAGAUAGACAAGCCUUCAAUUCAUGCACGAAGUUGGAGGAAGUUGGAACCCCAUCAAGUGUUGCAAUGAGUUCUUCCUUUGUAGAGUCUUCACCAAAAUCCUUGUUGAGAUCUCUAUCAAGUGACUCAGAGAAUAAAGGUUUAAACGAAACCAUCACAGAUUCAAACCCAGACAUAGGACAGGUUUCACACAACGAUGUCGAUACUAAUGCCGUCGCAGUGGAUCAUGAAGAAGUGGAAGAAGUAAUGUCAGUUGACAAUUCAAGAAACACUCCAAAAGAGUCUAAUGGCACGUUUAGCCAUGUUCUUUGUUGUUUCUGCUUAAAGUAGAUCAAGUUGUGCAUUUAGAAAUUAAUAGUUGUUUACAGACCAUUAAUAGCUGUAUACAAGUUAUUUUUUGAACAAUUUUUUUUAAAGAGGAAAAGUUAUAGAUCAUUAAUUAUGUGAA